AUGCACUUCACACGAGCUUUCUCUCUACUCGCUAUCGCUCUGGCGGCUCCAGGCUUCGCGUUCCUCGCUAAGCGGCAGCUUGGACCACCAGGGGGUCUACCAAUUACUCUUUUGGAUAGUCCUGGAAGCAUCACUGCUCCUACAAAUGGCACCAUCAUAACUGCAGGCCAGCCAUUUACGUUCGACGUAGCAGUCCCCGAGUUUGGCCACUGUCAUCCAGACUAUACGCCCGUGAGCGUCUAUGUCCUGGCCGGUCAGCCAACUACAUCCGACUUGAAUUCAACCUACGGGUUCAGCAACUACCUGUACUACUUCGGGGACUAUGUGGUCAACAAUUUCCCUGGUCCACUCCCGAAUAUGGGUACGCCGCCGCCAUCCAACUUGACAUUGCCGGACCUCGGGAAAUCGUACUCUGGACAAGCCGUAUAUCUGGCUACCAUUGAAACCAUCGAAGGUUGCCCGCCCAAUGGUUUCUGGGAGUAUGCGAUUGACUCCAUUGCGCUCUCUUACAUCGAGUAA